AUGUAUCGCAAAAACCCUAGCAAGAUGGGGCGGCUGAAAUUGAUUCCAGAUGAUGACGACGACUCACAGAAGAAAGGCUCCGAUUGUUUCGAGGUCGAUUUGGAGUACGGUGAGAGGUUACUGCACAAUCAGAAGCGCAAGGAUCUCCAGAAAUACGAUGAGCUGAAGGAUAGAGGUAUCAUCAACGAUGACGAAGGUUCCGAGUCAGAGGAGGAGGAAUCAGAUUCUGAGCCAGAUGAUGAUUUAGGAGAUCCAAAAAACGAUGUCAAAUUCAUCGAUGUUUUGCUUAAGGUAAAGAAAAAGGAUCCUUUGAUUAAGAACAAAGAUGUUAACUUCUAUGAGAGUGAUGAAGAAGAUGAGGCUAAGGAGAAGAAGGUGAAGAAGAAGAAGAAGAAGAAGAAGAUGUAUUUGAAAGAUGUUCAGGCACAGCAAUUGAUUGAAGAAGGUCCUGAGUUUGUUGAGGAAGAUGAGGAGAGGAGGAAGGUUAAGAGUUACGAUGAGAGGCAAGAGGAAUUGAGGAAAGCUGUAACUGAUGCUUUCGAAGAGGAGAGUGAUGAAGAUGGUGAAGAUUUAUUGAGAGUUGCGGAGAAGGAAGGAGAUGAUGAUUUGUGGAAGGAGAAAGAUGAGAAGAUUGUAAUAGAUGAAGAAGAUUUGAAGGAGUUGGAUGAAGAUGAGGAAGCUGUUGAGAAGCAAGAGGAUUAUGAGACUACCUAUAGACAUGAAGAGAAUGCUGGGGAGAUUGUUAUGGGUCAGUCUAGGGUUGUGGAAGGGUCGGUGAGGAAGAAGGAUAAUGCGAGGAAGGCGCAGAGGAAGAGUAAAGAGGAGAGGAUGAAGAUGGAUGAGAUUGAGAGGCAAGAGGAGUUGAAGCGGUUGAAGAAUGUUAAGAAGAAGGAGAUGAAGGAGAGGAUGAAGAAAGUGCUUUCUAUUGCUGGUUUUAAGGAUGGUGAAGAAUGUCCUUUGGAUGCGAAAGACUUGGAUGAUGAGUUUGAUCCUGAGGAGUAUGAUAUGAUGAUGAAAGCUGCGUUUGAUGAUGAUUACUAUGGUGCGGAGGAUUCAGAUUUGAAUAGUGAUGAGGAUGAUGGUGAGAAACCAGACUUUGACAAGGAGGAUGAAUUGCUUGGACUUCCCAAAGAUUGGGGUGUGAUUCAAGGUGGGGAUGGUUUUAUAUCUGCUAGAGAAAAGGUUUUGAAGCAUAUGGAGAAUGGUGCUGGUGAUGAAGAAGAAGAAGAAGAAGAAGAAGAAGUAGAAGAAGAAGAAGAAGUCGAUGAGGAGAAGGAAGUGGAGGGUAAGAGGAAGAGAAAGCGGAAAACAUCUCUUGUACAAAGAGCCAAGGAAGCUAUGUUGGAGGAGUACUACAAGCUAGACUAUGAGGAUACAAUUGGAGAUUUGAAAACAAGGUUUAAGUAUGCGAAAGUACAACCAAACAAAUUCGCCCUGGAUACAGGAGAGAUACUCUUCUUAGAUGACACAGAGCUGAACCAGUACGUUCCAUUGAAGAAGAUGGCUCCUUAUGUGGAAAAGGAUUGGGAGGUGAAUAGACACAAGGUCAAGGAGCAGAAACUUAAGAUCCAGGAGUUGUUGCAGGGUGAACGCCAUGAAAAGAAAAGCAAGAAGAGGAAGAAGAACGAUGUUGUUGAGGAAACGAAACCAACACAGAAAGCAGAUGAGGAAGGCGAAGCUGAGACGAAGCUAUCGAAAAAGGCAAAGAGAAGAAGGCGUCGAGCAGAGAAGAAGCUUCCUCCUAAUAGAAUGGCUGCUUAUGGAAAGGCGUAAUGAAGAUGGAGUUAGAGAAUCAGAUACAGCCAUUUCUUUUCGUUUU